CUUCACGGGGAUAGUUCAUCCGUUGUGAUACUUAUUUUUAUUCGUGGCCUGCGCUGUAAUAGCACAAUUUUCGUUUUGUGACGCGUUAGUGCUCUUUGGAACGUUCACCCCCAAACCAUUUUCCAUUAAGCCCGACUUGAUUCAGCGACAUAAAGUAGAGCUCUGAACACUUUGUCUGCUGUCGACCUUGUCAAUUGCUCGUCUCAUUCAAGGAGUAGCUGUUCACAGGCGACGAAUUAUCGCGGGCAACCUUGAAUUAGAUAAUUACAUCGGGGUUCCGAACAAUGUCAAAGCGUGGAGCUUCCGAGCGGGAGGGCUACACGCCCUCACAAAGUAACUUGCGGAAAGCUCGCGUCGAAGUCAGAAGAGUUGACGCAAUCCAAGUGCUGAUGGCCGCUGCGAGGGCACGUAACAUGCAACCGGCCCAGCAAGCCCAACAACAGCAGCUCAUACAACAGAACAGCCAGCUAGCAGCCGCAGCCGCGGACGCGGCGGCCGCCAACGGAGCCGACCCCUCAACUGCCCUUCCAACCAACCCACAACAACUGGCGGCGCAAGCGACGGGUGCCUCGGCUCCCUGCACGCACUGCGGCACCGUGCUUCCCGUGUCCGCCGACAGCUGCUGCUUACGGCAAUGCUGCGGCUGCUUAGACGUCUUCUGCUCCCUCUGCUCGGUGCUCGAUUACGAGGAGCGAGAGGACCGAGUUUUCUGCUUGAGCUGCCUAGAAGACCAGACCGCCUGCGCCCGAGGAGGCGGCAACCGAGGAAGAACCUCCAUGGGCGGCGGCGGCGCACCCACACCCAACGGAGGCCUGUCGCUGCCCAUUGGCGGAACCACGGGUCGCUGGGGGCAGCUGGACGCCCUAGGCAUGGGCGGCCCCGCGCGCAGCCCCUUCCCAUGCACUCGCACCCCGCAGCCCGGGCAGGGGCAGCCAGGCAGCCGCACCCCGGGCAGUGCGGUGUACAGCAACAGGAGCCACAGGAGCUUCUCUGCGCUGCUGGCGUACGGUGGUGCUGGUUCCUAGGAGGGUGCUGGUAACAUGUACAUACGGACUUACAGCAUGGGAUCUUGGGAUGGGACAGGGGCAGCAUGUUGCAACGACAACAACAAGGCAUGUAAGAGAUGCGGUUGUUGGGUGUCUGUAGGAUGUUUUUCUUGGUGAAAGGUGACACGAGGCUCUUACCGGUGGUCCAAAGGGGUAAGAGGCGUGGGUUGGUAGCUGCGCUCUGGGGCCUCUUUCGGUUGGUUUUGCAAUAGUAGUAGAAGCAUUGCGAGCCUGCAUGCACUUUGGAGCUAUGCGGCCGCCGUUUUUCUUUCCGUUUACAUGGUCACAAUUCGAGCAUGGCGUGGGGUCGUUGUUGUGAAUAAAGUCUCAGGUGAACGCCGUAAAAGUUGUUGAUACUCGCAGGGAGGAACGUUGUUAUGGAGGCAAGGAGGUCGUCGUUUUGCUACUUCAGUUGAGCGGCGGCCGCUGCGAAGAGGCGGACCCAAAUCGCCUUUAGGGGCGGUGUAC